GAGCUGCGCGUGCGUACUAAAACCGUAGCCAUCUUUUACUCGAUUCUCGACAUUGGGGACUGGCGGAGAGAGUGGUUGGUGACGAUUGCCGACAUAUUCACGUUGUCAGCGAUAUUGAUAGAAUUAUUUACUACAACAUUUUGGUGUUACAAAGGAAGUUGGUGGUGCAACAGCAGUUGAGCAUGGCAUUGUACGGAGAGGACCUGGAUGUGGAAGCGCUUCUUGAAGCUCCAUAUAAAAACAGUGAGGAAGAGGCAACCAGCAAAAACGGUGUGCCAGAGAAGGAACCAUCCCCUAAAAAGAAACACAGAAGUAGCCGUAGUCGCAGCCGUAGCCCUCCUGACUCCAAAGACAAAGAUAAGCACAGCAGUAGCAGCAGCAGCAAGAAAAGUAGUAGCAGGCGUCGCAGCCGUAGUCGCAGCCCGGAAAGGAAACGACGCAGUCGUAGCCCAGACAGGAGACGUCGUAGCCGAAGUCGCAGCCGGGAUAGAAGCACAAGCACACGCCACGAUAGAGACAGAGACCGAGACAGGGGGCGUGGCUUGGGCAGAUAUGGCAGGCAGGGGAAGCGGAGUCCAACACCCCCACGUCGUGGCCGUCGUAGCCGCAGUAAAGAGCGUAGUCCCCAUAGAGAUCCGUUCCAUUGGAGACGAAGUCGCUCUCGUAGCAGAGACCGAUAUGGCAAGAGAGGUUCAAGUCCAGGGAGGAAGAAGGACAUUGAACCUCCUCCAGAGACAAGAGACGCUCGCACUGUGUUCGUUAUGCAGUUAUCACAGCGAGUCAGAGCCAAAGACUUGGAGGAAUUCUUCUCUUCUGUUGGAAAGGUACGUGAUGUGAAGAUCAUCUCAGACCGCAACUCGAGGCGUUCUAAAGGCAUCGGAUAUGUGGAGUUUAUGUCAGAUGAAUCAGUCCCACUGGCGAUGGGUCUGAACAACGAGAAACUGAUGGGAGUGCCCAUCGUCGUUCAACCAUCCCAAGCUGAGAAGAAUCGCUUGGCCCAGAAUAAUCAGACGUUACAGAAAGGAGGGGCUGGUCCCAUGAGGCUGUAUGUAGGCUCGCUUCACUACAACAUCACUGAAGAGAUGCUCAGAGGCAUCUUUGAACCCUUUGGGCAGAUUGACUCCAUUCAGCUGAUGACAGACAGUGAAUUGAAACGUUCCAAAGGUUAUGGCUUUAUCACGUUUCAUGAUGCCGAUGAUGCCAAGAGGGCGCUAGACCAGCUGAAUGGAUUUGAGCUGGCUGGCCGUCCAAUGAAGGUGAACCAUGUAACGGAGAGAUCAGACAAUGCGCAGGCGACAUCAGUGCUGGAUAAUGACGAGCUGGAGAGAACAGGGAUUGAGCUGACAACCACUGGGAGACUGCAGCUCAUGGCCAAGCUAGCUGAAGGUACUGGAUUCCAGCUGCCUAGUGCUGUGGUUGAGGCUCUCAAUCCAUUGGCUAAUGUCCCUACGGGCCCGGCCGUCCAAACAAGCAUGCUGCCCUCUGUUGGCCAGGUCUCACUGCAGGCGCAACUAGCAGCGGCACAACAGCAGGCAGCAGCUCUGGCCAGUCAAGUAGCUCCUACAGGAACACCAGCCAUGCCGGCUGCACCGGCUGCAACUAACCCUCCCUGUUUCAUGCUGUCCAACAUGUUUGACCCAACAUCUGAGACCUCGACCAACUGGGAGACAGAGAUCCGAGACGACGUGAUUGAGGAGUGUAACAAACAUGGAGGUGUGCUACACAUUCACGUGGACAGGACCUCACCUCAGGGAAACUGCUACGUCAAAUGUCCCAAUGCCCAGAUUGCUGUGGCUGCAGUGAACAGUCUGCAUGGCAGAUGGUUUGCAGGCAAGAUGAUCACCGCAGCAUUUGUACCGCUGGCCAACUACCAUGCCAUAUUCCCAGAAUCAGCAGUAGCCACAACAUUGCUCCAGCCAUCGCUGAAAAUGAUGUAGAGGCAAACUGUGAAUGAAAAAUACAUCACCCAAGGCAAAUGUACUGGGAAAAGAAAACCUGGUCAUACAUGUAUAAAGGAGUGAGUGAAGGCGCUGCCAAGUGUAAUUUCAAUCAUGGCGACGUUGGAAAUGCAAAUUUUCAUACCUAAUUUUACCUCAGUAUAAGAAUUUUAAAGUUGGAAGUGGAAUACUGUUGGAAUUUGUUAUUGGCUCUUUUUUUAUUCCCAAAUGGAACUGUACACAGUUUCUUUUACCCCCAAAUAUUGUCGUCGUGGAAAGCUUGGCAUGUUACAUACUUAACUGAGUCUCGGAAAAAGGCAAAGUAAUUUUUUGUCCUCUUCGAAUUAAUCACCUUGUGUAUUUUUUAACUGUAUACAUGAAUUGCUUUAUUGUUUGUUGUCAUUGUGGUGGUAACUUUGAAUUUUCAUAUAUUGAAUUCAUUCAUUAAAUGGAAUUUAAAGUUGUGAAUUACCGUCUUGUAUUUGCAUUUUUACGAACCUGAAGAUUUCCAUUCAUUCUGUUGGUGUUAAAUUGAAUGCACACUUUCUUUCCCUGUUACAUAUUUGCCUCGAAUCUGGGAGUUAGUGUGCACUAUCAAAAAAAAAAUGUACUUUGUAGCGCCCUAAAAAAAUUGCUCAAAGUGUUAAGUUGAAAACUUGAUGAGCAUGUCUUUGAAUGGAUCAUUUUUUGCCUGAUUUACUCUGAGAUUUCCUUUUAGUUUGGCGGUUAAUCUGUUACUCGUGUACAUAGUAAAUGUAAUGUUUACAUCUAAGGCUAUGUCUGGUUUUGUAUAGAGCUGUGAUAUACUGAGAGGAGGUUGGCGUGAACAGGUUCUGAGAGACAUAGGAUUUCAUACUUAAGAUACAUAGUGCAGCAGCCCAGAGGAGAUUCCGACAGAUCUUCGACUUAAAGGCUGGUGAGCACAAUUCAGUGCAGGAUCAUUUUUCAAGAGGCCAUGGUUCUUUGUUGAUACAAAAGUUUCCUUUUUCAUAGUUCGCUCACCUGUUAGAGCACUGUAGUUUUAUUUUCUAUAAAGUAGCAAUCAAGUUACAAUUAAAAGGUACAUGAGGCCAAGAAGAGCACUUAUUCGACCAUUUUUAUUGUAAUUUUUAUUUUAGUAAGUGUCGGGAGCAUGGAUAGGAUCUACGUUGAUAUUUAUUUAAUACUGUAGGAGGGGUUUGUUCCCAUUCUGCGCUGAUUUUUUGUCUUCUAAACUUGCUCUUCUCUCAUCUUGGUUUACGAAGUUAUGGAAGAUUCUAUCUCGGUGGGUUGAUAUUGAACUUAAAUAAUUUGUGUGAUUUGGUUUAUCUUGGCAAAGUGAUUCUGAAUAAAACUGCACUCAUGCAUAUUCACA